UCUACUUCCGUGUUUUGUGGCUGGGGGUUAUACAGGGGUUUUAAAUGAAUGAAAAAAUGUUGUGGAUUAUCAUAUUUGCUUUUGUUAUAGAUAUAAAGUGUGUGAAUGCAAAUAGUUUUCCAUAUGACCAAGCUUAUCACACAAACAGAAAAACCUGGAAAGCUGCUUCUGACGAAUGUGGCAGUAAUGGAUUAGAGUUUGACGAAAAGGUGCUGACAAAUAUUAACGUGCUGUAUGAUAAUGAAUUCUGGAUAGGCAUGGCCAUUUAUCGUGUAACUACACCGUGGAUUGAAGUUUUGGGCUGUUAUGCCGUGCCAGACGGACAGGAUGUCAAUAAAAGUCCUUCAAUUGUAGUUUGCCAAAACCAGUGUAAAUCUUAUCAUUUCUUCGGUUACAGUGAGUCGACAGAAAUAUGUUCCUGUCUGCAUAAAAAAGGUAGCUCCUACAAUAUAACGAAUUGCAUAGAAAAAAAUAAUUCAAUAUAUUUCUUCGUUUAUAAAGUAUUCAGUGGGAAUGUUUCUGAAAAUGACAAUAGGAAAUGCACAACUUUAUACUGUAAGGAAGGCAAUAAUGGACUUACAGCAGCUAACUGUAAUGAUACUUUAGAUAAGACAAGGGCCAGUAGAUGUAAUGACACACAUAUUUCCUUUUGGGGCAUAUCGUAUUCAAAAAGCAAACAACUGUGCCUGGAUAGACAGCAGCUUUUACUAUCACCAGAAACUUAUUGCCAAAUUCAAGAUAAUGAAAACGAAGGACAUCCUUCAUGGACAAACGUUUUUAAAGCGGAAACCGAAGCUAAGUUGACACAAGCCGAAGCAGGUACCAGACUACCGCUUUACUGUUUAGCAGGCUCGUUUACAGGAAUGGUUGAAAAAAGAGUGCUUAAUAUUACUAGAAGAGUUUGUAAUGACCAGUUAGAGUUUCUGUGCAGAAUAGGUGAGGUUUCUGCUACAACAACUACUAUUAAAAUAGAGAAAGACCAAAACGCCAGUUUUGAUAUAGGUCCAGUAAUUGGCGGCAUUGCUGGUGCAAUCGCAGUAUUGGCUGUUUUGUUAGUGAUGAUAAUCUGCAAAAUACGGUCAUGUGGACUUUUCAAAACGAUUAAUACUGAUAAGCAAGAAGUCCAAUUCUCAACAGAGUUCGAUGAGCAUUCACAAAAUCCAGCAGUUAGAACAAGUGUGACGCCGACAUCUAACGAAUCAUAUGAAUUAGCUUCAAUCAAUUCUGUCCACACAUAUGCAGUCGUCAACAAAAUCAGAAAAACGAAUUCAAAAUUACAAAAAUCUGACAAAACUUACACUGAAACAUCAUACAGAGAAUAUGAUCGAUUAAAUGGGGUAUCGAAACAGCAAACAGAUUCAAAGGAAAAUUUAUAUGACAGUCAUGCAGGGAUUCGUAAUGAAAAUGACCCAACAUACGACAGUUCCAACCAUGGGGGAAGGAAACUUCAAUUUGAUAACGAUGUUUAUGAUCAUACAGACACAGUAACGACAGACGUAAAUGACUACGGUUAUUCGUCAACUCUCAAAUCAGAAACUAGAAACGAAAAUGAUGUAUAUUAGAAAACCGUCUAGCGGCAACAGUUAACUUCCAGAAAAGGAUACUGGUAAUGCAGUACUGCGGAAUAUGAACACAAUAAUAUAUUUGAUGAUAUGGAUUUGCUUGUAACCCUGAUUUCAAAAAGUGACAGAUUUAGUAGAUUUAUAUCUUCUCCAGGUUAAGUGUGCUCUUUAUAUUAACCAGGCAUGACCUUACAGUCAUCUUAUACAUUUUAUCGUCAUCAUAACUAGUUUAAAGCAAUUCAGAUUCAGAAAUUGAAUAGUCAUUAUUUUCAUUAUUUUAAAUACAAUGUUAAUUCUAAGAUACUUUAGGC